AAAAAAAAAAAAAAAAAAAAACACAGCACCGCAAACCGGCAGCACGCUCAGGUGGCAACUCUCCUCCGCCUUCCGCGCGCCGGGGUCAUGGGCGCCCGAGAUUCGGAAGGGAUGGCGCGGUGGCGGGCGCGGCGCCUCCUGCUGCUGCUCACCUUCGUCACGCUCGGCAUGAUCCUCGGUUCUUUGCUUCAGUUAGCAUUUCUCCGUCGGCUAGAUGACCACACGCAUAAAAUGCAUGUGGAUAAUGAUCAAGAGGCUGCUGUUCUUCGUCUUGGAUAUGUGAAGCCUGAAGUUCUCAGCUGGACACCUCGGAUAAUUAUUUUCCAUAAUUUUCUUAGUUCAGAGGAGUGUGAUUACCUAAUGUCAAUUGCUAGACCAAGACUCCAGAUUUCUACUGUAGUGGAUGUUGCAACGGGAAAGGGUGUGAAAAGUGAUGUUCGGACAAGUUCUGGUAUGUUCGUGAAUUCUGCAGAAAGAAAAUUUCCAGUCAUUCAGGCUAUAGAGAAGCGGAUUUCUGUGUUCUCUCAAAUACCUCAAGAAAACGGGGAACUCAUUCAAGUAUUGCGGUACGAAGCAAGCCAGUAUUAUAGGCCGCAUCACGAUUACUUUUCUGAUGCUUUCAACCUCAAACGUGGGGGGCAGCGUGUUGCUACAAUGUUGAUGUAUUUGACUGAUGGUGUUGAGGGUGGUGAAACCCACUUUCCUCAGGCAGGAGAAGGCGAAUGCAGCUGUGGAGGAAAGGUGGUCAGAGGACUGUGUGUUAAGCCAAACAAAGGAGAUGCUGUUCUCUUUUGGAGCAUGGGAUUGGAUGGUAACACAGACUCAAACAGUAUCCACAGUGGGUGCCCAGUUCUGAAAGGGGAGAAAUGGUCAGCGACGAAAUGGAUGAGGCAGAAGAUGACUUUCUGAUUAUUUUGUCAGGUCAACAUAGGGAAAUUCUGCUCAUUCUAAUUUUGUCAAGUCAACACAGGGAAAUUCUGCUCAUUCUAAUAUUUAGUACAUCAUUCGGUGAAUCCGACAAGUAACGGUAUAACAGAAUUACCACAGGUUCACAUCUCUA